AUGUCCGGAAUCGAAAUUACGGGCUUGGUCUUCGGUGCGAUACCGAUCAUCCUCGCCGCAAUCGAUCUAUAUCUUGGCCCGGUCAAAGGGAUCCGGCAUUAUAAUGAAACCCUCGAGUUCCUGAGAAUCAAUCUAUUCAUCCAACAGAGGUCUCUCGAUGCCAGUAUCGAUAACCUCGGCUUAGGCCGAAACCCUGUUUUGAAAGAGUUGGAGGAGAAUCUUAAAGAGAAUUAUCCUGAUGACUAUGAGGGAAUAGCUAUGACUAUUAGGCGAAUGGAGCGCUUGCUUCUGAAGCUGAUGGAUAAACUAGAAAUUGAUGUUGAAGGAAAGCCCAAAUGCCCACCAAACCGAGCGAAAUGGGAAUGGCGACGCGUGAAGAACGGCUUUGGCAAAUCCGAGCACGAGCAGAUCAUCAACGAGCUUGAGCGGUACAAUCUGUUCUUAGCUCGCAUCUUCGAGAAACCAGAGGCCUCUUGCUCAGACCCGAACGAUCAGCAGCUUCAACGUUUGCGGGACAGCUUUGAUCCUGUCCGAUGCAGCAUCAUCCGAAAGGAGGCGGUAGCGAUACAUCAAACGCUUGAAGGGGGCUGGAAAUGUACAUGCAGCCAACCUCACGAGGGCAGUAUCCGCCUCGACUGGUAUGAUUCUUCAAAGAGGAGUCCAACGUUUGAUAUCGCCUUUUCUUACCACGAAGCCGGAGCCAGCCCAAAUGUGAUGGAAGCAAAGUGCUGGUGCGCUACGAACGUCCGACUCGAAACAGCGGCUGGCACGAGUACUCAAGUACCAAGCGCCGUGUCUGCAAAGCCAAGCAGCUCUGCCGUCGCUGUCACAAAAUCCGCCGCCCAAGGAAGCUCUUCCAACGACUCACGUGCGCAUCGGCGAUUGGCACCGAUGGGUAACAUAUGUGCGGCAAAACCCCCGCAAAAGCAAUCUGUGAGCUUCAAGGAGACGAAACACAGCACCGUCAGUCCAUCAAACUCCACAGCAAGCUCUGCAGCCACCACACCCAUGAGGUGCCUCUGCGAAGCCAUUCGAAGCACUAAAGAUUGCGAUACCGAACUAGGGUUCCUCAAAGACCCCGACGCUGCGCAAGAGCGCCGAACACUGAUCUCAACCAACAAACAGUUACUCGGCGCCGACAUAACUUCCGCUCAUCUGGGACUGCUGUUGCCAGCUGCACAGAAACCGCCGCUUGCCAACCUCUCUCUCAAGGAGCGGUGUCGUAUCGCUGCGGCAGUGUCAUGGAUGGUCCUGCACCUGUGUGGCUCCCCGUGGCUGAAAGAAAACUGGGAUAAGGGAGAUAUCCAUCUAUUCUUGCAAAAAGUUGGACCGACCUGUCGGCUCUUGACAUCUGACUCCUUCAUAUCGUGCGCAUUCCGCCGCGCAACAACUCCAAUGAAUCAAGUGCCAAGCAAUCCUGCCGCGCAAUUCCAGAACAGUCUGAUCAGAAAUCGAGUUCUUUUCAAUCUUGGCAUCCUGCUGAUUGAGCUUUCCCACAGUCGGCCUUUCGAACAUAUCAGGAAGGAUCAUCAGUUGUCAGCGGCACCAAGCGCGCCUUCGCUCGACUUCGCCAUCGCUGAUGCGGAGUGGGGCAUUGGAGUCUUCCAGUAUCCUCCGGGGCGUGACGUCUGGUCUCACCGGGUGCCGUACGACACAGACAUCCUGCUUACCUGUGGCCCGCCAAAGGGACAUUUGAACUGCGACCGCUUGGGCAACAGUAGGUUUCUGCUCAGCGAGAUAUGGCGCAUGAAGCCGCGGCUAGUUGUGUUUGGUCACAUCCAUGGCGGCUAUGGGCAGGAGGAAACCACGUUUGAUGCUAUUCAAGCAACGUAUGAUCGAGUGUUGCCGGCGGGGAAGGGUCUCUUCGAAGUGGUCAGGAUGGUAUACUCAACCUUCAUACAGAGGAUGUCGGCCAUCAUGCCGUUCUCGAAAGGCAGAGGCCAUUCCAAGAAAGUGACUUGCAUCAACACGGCUGUAGUGGCUAGGCCUCGUAACAAGCUGACCAGGCCAGCUAUUAAGUCGUAA